AUGAAUGUACAAGCAAUGCAGAGCACUCAGUCAAAUGAUAAAUUCGUUGGUAGAACAUCACGCUCACGAACAGUGACCAAACCAUUAUCCGCGAUUGAAACACGUCGUUUAGAAUAUGUUUUUCAGAACGCACCUUCCAAACGCGCUACCAGCUGGAACCCUGCGCAAAGCGAUGGCGAUGUGAUUAAUAUCAAAAAUUUGCUCCGUCUGAAUUCCGUUCAAUCUCAAAAUCGUCAUGGAAGUGAGAAUUUCGUGGGCGAUGAUCGUAUUGUGAUUAAUGUUUGUGGUGAUCGAUACGAAACUCAUCGAACAACAUUAGAAUUGUUUCCUGAUACGUUACUAGGAAGUUCACGGCGACGAAAGUACUACGAUCAAAAGCGGAAAGAAUACUUUUUCGACCGGCAUCGUGGAUGUUUUCAAGCAAUACUUUAUUAUUAUCAAUCAAAUGGCCGGCUGAGACGACCAGAUUUCAUUCCGCUGGAUAUAUUUCUUGAAGAAAUAACGUUUUUUCAACUGGGACCAGAAGCGCUAAAACAAAUACGAAAAGAUGAAAAUAUCAAAGAAGUGAAAAAAAUUCGUUUGCCCAAAAAUCGUCUGCGAAGAUCGAUAUGGAUAACAAUGGAAUAUCCUGAUUACUCAUUCUUGGCCAAAGUCGUCAACAUUAUCUCAUUAAGCAUGGUGCUUAUCUCAACCAUCACUUUAGCAAUCGAAUCUUUGCCUCAAUACUCCGAUUUGGAUGAUUUCGAUUGCGAAAAACUAUCGUAUUCGACUACAACGGAGCCUUCAACAAACACAACAACACUGGGAACAACGCCAGAACUGCUGUAUGUUUGCCAGUGGUACUAUUCUUCACCGUUUUUCAUUGUUCAAGUUAUUUGUGUAGGAUAUUUCACAAUAGAAUUACUUAUCCGAACGUUAUGCACACCAUCGAUACUCGACUUUGUUAAAGAUGUUAUGAAUUGGAUUGAUCUUUUAGCAGUUAUUCCGUUUUAUAUCUCAUUAGGAAUUCGUUUAUCAGGUCGAGAUGAUGAAAUCAAUUCGAACACGUACGUCGGUCUUCGACUGCUACGUGUACUUCGUCUGGCACGUGUUUUUAAGUUUUUUCGAGUGUUUAAAAGUAUCAAAUCUUUGCGCGCAUUGGCAACGACAGUCCGAGAAUCAUUACUGGACUUUUUAAUCAUGAUUAUUAUUUUAACGUUACUUGGCUUUCUGUUUGGUGCAGCUGCAUAUUAUGCUGAAAACGAUACGAAUGCAGUGGCGUUUGAUUCGAUUCUCAAGGGAACUUAUUGGGGAAUUAUUUCCAUCACUAGUGUCGGGUACGGUGAUAUAGCACCAAUAACACCAAUUGGACGAGUUAUUGCUUGUUUCUGUGCGUUAUUUGGUGCGGCAACAAUUGGCAUGUUGGUGUCAGUCCUGGUCGAUCGCUAUCAACGUGUUUAUGUACGAAAACUAUACAGUCAAGAAGAAGAAAUUGAUUUCAGUGACUAUAUGGAUAAUGAAAACAAUGAUCUGGAGUCAAAAGACCAUCAUUAUACGUCAGGACUUCGUCGAAAUUCAAAAAUUGAGGAUCCCGAUGCACGUGCGCAAGAGAGCGCAAAGAAUGCAAGUAGUGCUUUACCAAGUCCUCAAACAUCGAAUUCGUCAUUGGAAGACGAGAACAAUAUGCAAGAUGAUAAUACCGGUCGAAUUCAAUUCAUUAUUCGUUAUGUUGAAAAUGAAGAUAAACAAAAAUCACCUUGUGAGUCAAUGGACGAAACUGAAUUGGGAACAACAGCUAAACAAACGAAUGUUGACAAAGAAGAUUUCAAAUCAUUAGGAGAGGAAGAAAUUAGUCGAAGGGUGACUUUCAGUGGUUGUUAG